AUGUCUGAAUCAACAAUUGUCUCUAAUGUGUCUGUCCAAGUGAUUGAUGAAGAUAAGGUAUUCCAGAAUGAUCAAAUCAAGAAAUACUUGAAAUCAGUUAUCAAACAAGAUCUUGGACUUGACUAUCAUGUUAUCUCAGUCUUUGGAUCCCAAUCAACUGGUAAAUCAACAUUGUUGAAUAAGCUUUUCCACACAAAGUUUGAUGUCAUGAAUGAAGCUCAAAGACAACAGACCACAAAAGGUAUUUGGUUAGGGUAUUCUCCAGAGAUUGAAACCAACAAAACUGAAUCAGUAGAGAAGCUACAUCAAGAACAUGUCUUUGUUAUGGAUGUUGAAGGUUCAGAUGGUAGGGAAAGGGGUGAAGAUCAAGAUUUUGAACGUAAAGCUGCAUUGUUUGCUUUAUCAACAUCAGAAGUUCUCAUUGUCAAUAUCUGGGAACACCAAGUUGGUUUGUAUCAAGGUGCUAAUAUGGGAUUAUUGAAGACUGUCUUUGAAGUGAAUUUAUCACUUUUUGGUAAUAAAUCUCAUAAAGUUUUGUUGCUGUUUGUUAUCAGAGAUCAUGUUGGUGCUACACCUUUAUCCAAUCUAUCAAACACUUUGACAGCUGAUUUAGAAAAAAUGUGGGAUAGCAUAAAUAAACCAAAGAAUGUCAGUCCUGAUGUCAAGCUCUCUGAUUAUUUUGAUCUUGAAUUUACAGCGCUUGCUCAUAAACUUUUACAACCUGAGAAAUUUGAAUCUGAUGUCCGUGAUUUAGGCGAUAGAUUUUCCGAUAAACAAAGAAAAGAUUACCUAUUCAAGAAUGAUUAUCGUCAAAAUUUCCCAAUCGAUGGUUGGACUGUCUAUGCUGAAAGAUGCUGGGAACAAAUUCAAUCAAACAAAGAUCUUGAUUUACCUACACAGCAAAUAUUGGUUGCAAGAUUUAGAUGUGACGAAAUUUUAAAAGAAGCCUUGGAAGCUUUUGAUGCAGAGUUUUCAGAAAUCUCGAAGCAUUUUGACUUUUCCAAACUUGAAGGUAGUCAAUUAGCUAACCACUUCAGUUCCCUUUUGACAUUAGCAUUAACUGCAUAUGAUACACAAGCAUCUCACUAUAACAAAGCAGUCUAUGAAUCCAAAAGAAAAGGUUUAACCUCUGAUGUGAACUUGAGAUUACAAAAUGUCUUUAGAGAGUACAUCAAACAAUUAAAAAAAUCACAAAUUGAAACAUUUACAAAAACAUUUACUGAUAAGAACAACAAAGCACCAUUUUUGGAAAAAUCUAUUCAGGCGAGACAAGCUGCGCUAACAAACUUCACGACUCAAAUGGAACCUGUGAAGAAAGUUGAUCCCGAAUUUUUUGAUUACCAAGCCGAUCUUGAAGAAUUCUCUGGAGAACUUGAUGAACAGUUAGUCAAAGUCAGACAAACAGAAGUUGAUAACUUGGUAAAUCGGGUGAACAAAAAGAUCAAUCCGAUCAUUAAAAACAAGUCAUUGGAGAUUUUUGGUACCCCUGAUGAACAAUUAUGGGACAAAGUUUUGGAUAAUUUCAAGUCAACCUUAAAUAAUGCUUUAGCUAGAUAUAAGAAGGAUGAUGAUACAUAUGAUUUCAAAAUUGGAUCAGAUCCGGAACUCAAUGAUGAAAUAGCAUUCAGAAUUAAAAAAUCAGCAUGGGUUUCAUUUGAUCAAUUUAUUCAUGAAUACUUGAGAGAAGAAAAUGUUGUUGCAGUCUUAAAACGUCAAUUUGAUGACGCUUUUGCUUAUGAUAAAGAUGGUGUUCCAAGAACCUGGAAAAAUGAAACUGAAAUUUCAUUAGCAUAUCGUGAAGCCACUGAGUUCUCAUUGGGUACAUUACCUUUAUUCUCAAUUGCAAAAUUGUCAAAUGGAACAGAAAUCAUUCCAGAUAUCCCUGUUACAGAUGAAGAUGACGAGGAUGAAGAAGAACCUCACACUUUUGCUCACCUCUUGAACUCUACUGAUCAACUCAAAAUUAAAAAGAGUUUCUUGAAACAAGCAGAAAUUAGUUACCGUGAUGCUAAUCGUUCUAUUGUCUCAAACAUUGCAAGAAUUCCACCAUUCAUGUAUGUUCUAUUGAUAGUUCUUGGCUGGAACGAAUUCAUGGCUGUUGUUCGUAACCCAUUGUUAUUAAUGUUGGUCUUAUUAAUUGGUGUUGCUGUCAUCUUCAUCCACUCAAUGAACUUAUGGGGACCUGUCAAUACAGCUACAAACAUUUUUAUUGGUCAAGCAAAAUCAUCAUUAAGAAAUAUUCUUCUUGAUGAACCAGGUCCUGCCAGAGUUGCUGCUCAAAGACAGCAACAAGCAUCUGAAACUGAAGAAAGUUAUGAACUCGAUGAUUUAUCAAAUAAAAAGGAAGAUUGA